CUAUAAAUGAAAGAAUUUGAAAACCAGAUAAAAUAUUUAACUUUUUCCUCAAAUUGCAACCAGUGAAUGAGGAGAUUGGAAGAAAUCACUGUUAAUUCAGGAAACAAACAAACAAAAAACCCAAAACAACAAUAACAACAACAAUAAAAAAAACAGAAAACCACCAAACAAUUCACAAGGCCUUUCCCGAGAUGUGAUGAGCAGCUGCCUAAGGAAGGGAAGGAAUAAGAGAGCUGAAUGCAAGGUCAGUUACGAAAACCUAGCAUCCAUUAAUUUAAUUGGGAAUUAAAGUAGUCUCACAUUAAAGUAGUCUAUCUGCCCGGAGCAGCUGUGGUGGGAUGUAGGGAAUGUUACUGCAAUAUUUGGAUCAAUUCUCAAACAAAAUUGUAAAAAGGCUCCAGUAAUUAGUAAACAAUAUGAGAACUCAGAUCGUGGCACUAGAACUUUGUUUGCAGUAACAAUUUGAUGUUUUUAUUGUGUUAACUUGUUUACAGUGAAAAAGCAGCAUGGUGAUUUAAGGUACUUGACACUGGUAUAUCAUAAAAAUAUAACUUGUAUUAAUGUACAUAUUUGUUUACUGAUAUGUGACAUUUGUCUCUGCUCUGAAAUCAUCUGAUACUUUCACUUUCUUCUAAAGCUUUAUAAUAGAAUGGUAUUGUAUUAUUAAUUUACUUAAAUUAUAUUGCUUAAAGUUAAUUACAUGGGGCUACAUAAAUUUGUUGAUUACACUGUAAUAAAAUACCUUUCCCAAUACAUCCACCUCAUUAAGUCCUCUCAAUUAAAGAUGGUAAAGAUUGUGCAAUGUUUAAAGAAAAUAUUACACUAAGACAAUAAAAGUACAGGUAAUUAAGCCACCAGUUGAACACAAAUAUGAUUUCAUGCUGGGAAUUUAGACACAAUAUUAAGCACUUCUGUAAUCAUGAAAGUAAAUCUCAUUGAAUUAUUACAAAUCCUCUGGCAUAUUUCCCAUAUUUUGCACAAAUUUAUUUUGUUACCCCAACUCUAUUCUAUUCCAGCAGCUAGCUUAAUAGUCCAGCACUAUUUGUUGCAUAUUCUGAAUUUCAGCCCAAAAUGUUGUGGAGGAGAGCUCACAUUUGAGAGUGAGUCCAUAGCAUGGAUUAUUUCGGUGAGAAUCAGCAAAAGCUGCAGUGAAAAAGUGCUGACUAAUAAACAUACAAGUUAAAUAUACAUAGUUUGAUCACAACAAUAUAUGGCGUACACUCACCUGUAUGUUCUAAUUCAGGGGGCCAUCAUGAGUCUACAUUUGUAACAAUAGGGUUGCCAGCAAAAUUCUAUCAAAAUAUCUUACAUCGAUAAAAAUAUUCAAGUAAUAAGAUUUCUCAUGGCCUAUGUGGUUGCCAGUUAUAUGUGAAAGUGUCUGCACACAGAAUGAAACGUGCAAGAUAGAUUUUAUGGUUGGUGCCUUUAUGUUCUCUUACUUCAGCACUAAUACAUCACAUAUUUGUUAGCAAUGUUUUUUUACAUGCAUUUCUCAUACCAUAAUGCACCAUACAUCAGUCACCUCCUCUUAAUACAUGGCUCACGUUCUUGGAUGGAGACAACAAUACUCUGCAUCCCUUCAGCCACUGAUGCAUGUAUCAUUGGUGUGUUAUAGUGUGACUGACUAAACUGAAGGAAACAUCAGUGUUUUGUAUGCAUUUUUGGUUGAUUUAUGACAUUUCAUGAGGUGCUCCAAAUUAAAAAAAAAAAACUUUCAGUUUCUAUUAUAAAUCUCACCAUCAAAGUUGCAAAACUACAGGAGAUUGAGUUGUUAGAGACAGUAGAACAAGGUCAUAUCUAGUGAUUUGUUCAUCUACAGCUGUUGUCUUUUUACUUUCAGGAAAUAUUUCAUGUUAUUCUGCAUUUGCUGGUUAUUCAGAUGGGACCACUCUUCUGAAAGUAUUUACAAGACUUUCCCAAAUGACACAGUACCUUGGAUACAGAUGGCCUCCUAUUUGCAUGAACUGAAGUAACAACUACACAUAGUAAUGCCUCUUACUGAACCCUGCUUGAUCCUAUGUUUUUAUCUGGUCACAAGUGUUAGUUUAACUUUCAACAGUAAAAACACAGCUGAAGAAGAAAACUUUCUUUAAGAAGCAAUUCAGUUUGUUAUUAGUUAAUAUAAUUUCAUCAGUAAAACUAUGCAUCGGAAAUGAAAGUGCCCCCAAAAGUUGCAACAUCUGUUUAGUCAGGACGCGUGUAAGACGUGUGACUGAUCUGUCAUAUAAAAAAAAAAGCUGGAUUGCUAAUGGAGAGGUGACUGACAAAUAAGAGCCAUUGGGAAAGCCAUAAGACACAAUGUGACCUUUAAAUGAGUUGACUGUAAGCGUAGCUGUCUACUGUGAUUCUGUAAAAUGAAGAAUCAUGUUUGCUUCAGAAGGCUUUCUGCAUUUUCCAGCUACAAUAAAUCUUUCCUUACAUUUUAUAUUUAAUAUCUUUACCUUAGUGUUCAGUCUAAUGAGCAAUUAAAUUUGAAAAAGAACAACAAGAAGAAUGAAAUGCUUAUCUUGUUCACUAGCAAGGUGUUCAUUUGAAUCUAAGGUAUACAAUCAUACGACAGAGUUCAAAUGACAAAUGUAAUGUGCUUCUUUGCGACCCAUUACUUGCAGACUUUAAAUUGUGAUUCAAUGGCCCAGCAAAACAUGAAAGUGCGCCCGGUGCUACUGAAGAGAAACAGUCUGGAUUCAUUUGAUUUUAUGAGACAGCCACAUCACCGCAGAAGCAAAUCUCAGCAAGUUCGUUUCAAGGAUGAUGGUAUCAACACAGAUACAGUAGAUGUCACUGAACUGGAUAAUAAUCCUGCCCAAGAUAUUGCAUUAAUGAUUGAAAAUACAGAAAUAUCUCAACAUCACAAAUUUUUAUUACAACCUCCAUCUUUUCCAAAGGCUCAGAAGGGGCUUCAGAAUAUUGCCAUACAAACAUCUCCUAGCCUCAGGAAACAUUUCCCUGUUUUUAGAAGAAAAAAACUGUUGGUAAGCAAAUCACUAACAGAAAUGCCAAGUGACCCUAAAGACUGCAUUCCAGUAAAUGACAAUCUUUCUGAACAAGACAUUAUGUCUUCAGACUUCUGUUACUUAAGAAUAAGUAGCCAUUUGGAAGAUGGAUUCAGGAACAGUAAGGUGGAUGGUCAGUCAAGCCAAAGACUGCCAGAAGCACAAAGAAAUGGACAUAUCCAAACCCAUGAUUCCUCAGUAACAGAAAAGACAACUGCUUCUACACAGGUGCCUGAAUACAUUCAUGUGAAUUUUCCACAAAACAGUGAUACUUCCAUGGAUGCAUCAGACACGACCAUGAAUUUAAGUAAUUUACUGCAUUCGUCUAAUUCUUCUACUAUCAUAAAUAGUAAUGAAAACAAUGAAACCAGCAUGCUGUCACCUAUUUCUGAAAAAAUACACCCUUGCUCAAGUGAUUCCACUAACGACAGUGAUUGUAAACCUCAUUCUGACUCUUGUGAAACAGCUAACAGUGAUUCUGAGUUACUUGUAGUCAGCAAAGAUACAAGCAGUAAAGAAACUACUCCAUUAUCACCUCCUUCAAAUCAAAGUUCAUCUCCUUGUUUCCUCAGAAACUAUCUACAGACAGGAGAGAAUAAAACAGAUUCCAGCUGUGUGACAGUAACAAAUGAUGAUCACACAGUAAUGUCAUCGACCAGCAGUAACGCAUCAAAAUCUGUUUCUACACUUAGUACUGAAACUGAGAAAAAUUCUACUCUGUCUGAUGUUUCCCAAUGUAAUGGCUGUUUAGAAGGAUUUCACACAAAGUCUUAUCUGCCAAGGAAUGAAAUAAAACCACACAUCAACAAAGAGAUUAGUGAAAUAAAUCAAAUUCAUUUGACACAUGGUGAACUAUGUGCUCUACAAGGCAAGCUGCAGUCUGUAGAGGAAUCCUUGCUGUCAAACCAGGAGAAGAUUAAAGUCCUUUUGAAUGUAAUUCAAGACCUUGAAAAAUCCAGAGCCCUCAGUGAAGGGCGCAACUUCUACCACACUGGUCAAGACCUCAACAACUGCAGCACGUGUCAGAACACCGCAUGUAUAAUUUACAGCGUAGAAUAUGACUUCAGACAACAAGAAGGAAGAUUUCAACAGAUUUUGAAAAGUCUGGAUCAUGCAGAGCAAAAUCCAGCUUCAGUUUCGCCUCAGAAGCCAUCGUUUGAUCAUCCACUUCCCGAGAAAAAGGAGUUGAGAAAGAAAACAAAAAAGGUGAAAAAAAAAUGCUUCUGGUGGAUUUGACUUCCUUACAGAUCUUAAACUGAAAAAAAUUUUUGUAUUUCAAAAGACAGUAGAGCAAAAAGAGGUUUGGAAGCACAGAACUGAGAAUACACUAUUAUGAAAUCACUAAACUAAAGAAUAUUUAAUUGAGUAUCAAAUCAGAAGAAUUGAUUUAAAUUAUAUCACUGAAUAAAGAGACAUGAAGAGACUGUUUCUGAAAAAGAAAUUUAAGUUUUCUCUUUUUUUUUUUUGCGGUGAUCCUCACAUUCUUUGUAAAGACAUUUUUGUUCAAGUUUCCAAAAAAAAAAAAAAAACAAGGGUAGUCAAACCUGCAGACUUCAUUCUUAAGCAACAUGAACUAAAGAAAAAGAACUUCACUGAUCUUUAAACAGACUGCAUAAUCAAGAAUAAGUUCAGGGGAAUCUCCUCAGAGGAGAUAAUUACAAUUAUUUCACAUCUCCAGUGAAAUACAUUGAUCGUUGUCAUCUACAAUUUAACCAUAAUGAAGAAUUUCAGGUUCAAGUUUUAUUCUGUUCUUAUGUCAGUUCAAUUUGAAAAGGAAUUAUUUCAAAGUUUGUUAUUUAAUAGACUUCUUGUUAACUAUCUUAAAAUUCCAAAAAAAAAAAAAAAAAAGAAGUCUAUCAUAGUAAUUGUAGAUCUAAUUUCCUUCCUAAAUAAGGUCCAGUUAGGUCUACUAUAGUUUUAAGCAUCUCCAAUGAUGGAGAAUUCAUAACACCCAAGAGCAGCAUUUUCCAGCAUUUGUCCAUCUCCACAAUGAAAAGAACGUCUGACUGAAUGCUGACUUGUACUCAUUACAUGCACCUUACCCUGAUGAAUAAAGAGGAAUAGCCACUUUUGCUUCUGUACUGCUAAAACACUCACCUAAUUCUUCCCCUUUGUAUCUGUAUGCAUUUAAUAUCUGUAUUGCUAAAUCAAAACAGUCUGAGGGCUGAGGGCUGUUUUUUUUUUUUUUUUGCUUUAGGAGGGUAAAUGACUUUUUUAAGGCCUAUUAAAUACAACAUAGGUAAGUUAUAUUAAAAAAAUUUGUCUGUUCUGCAGAAUUUUUCUUAAACUCUGGUUAAACAGUUCAAAUGAUGCCAGGGUUUUCAACAGAUUUACCUCUAGAUCCUUUUUCUUUUAUCAUAUACUAUUAGUUAAUCAUAUAAUAGUUAUCAUAUAAUAUUAGUUAAAAAUGUCUACUCUUUUUGUACACUUCUGUGUUUCUCCAGUGCUUAAGGUUAACCAGACUUUUGAGAACACCUUAAAAACAAUUAUGCAUAGAAAAGACCAAAGAUUAUAAAAACCAGUCUUCAUUUACAGUGAUGCUAUGUCCCAUGGCUUAAUUUAUCAUGAUACUAAAGAACAACAGUUUUAAAAAUUAUGUUCAGUACAGUCAGUAUGGAGUUGACAGACACAGAAUUGUCAUUACUUUAAAGCCUUUUGAAGGGAAAGCUGUACAUGAAAUGUUACUAGCAAAAUGUAUGCCUUUAGCGAGCCAGAAAAGUUUGUCAAUAAUGGUUUGUGGAGAGUAGGUACCAGAAUUUAUUAGAUAAGAGUAUGUAAUUUUAUCACACCCAUCUACACAUACUGCUUAUGUUGACAUUCCAACAGCAUUCCUAUUUUGCAUUACUGUAAUUGAUACACUGAAGGAUCUAUUAGUGUGCAAAGGUUUCUUGUGUAUUAAAAUAUUUUAAGAUGAAUAUCUUUGGGGGACAAAGGUACAAUAAUAAGCAAUACCAAUAAAAGCAAUACCAGCAAAACCAGUGAGUUUUUUCUUGUCCUAAGUUGAUUUUCAAUGACCUGCUAUUAUGACCUGAAAGUCAUCUUUUUGUCCUUUUUCUUAAAUAACAAGUACAACAAGGCUCAUUUUAAUGUCUGAUUUUGUUUUUGCAUGUAUCCUUUCAAUAAAGACAAAUUAUUGAAUUUAAACCGAUCACAACAUUUUCAUUUGCCACAUCACACCAAUCAAUUCCUGGAGUAAGUAAAACUGCACAAGAACACAAAUAUGCUAUUUACUUUAAGAAAGACCAUUUAAAGAAGAAGGACACUAAAUUCUUUAUUAUGACUUGAACAGACAUGAAUAAUUCUAAAAAACUGAAAUAUACUAAUUCAAAUGGUUUCUGGUUUUGUUUUUUUUUUUUUAUAUAUAUAUAUUUUAGUGUCUUAUUUUGAUGAAAUUAAGAACUACAGACAAUUUUUAUCAUUAAUCUCCCAGUCAAAAAUCAGUCUUUCCAUAUUUCUUACUCGGUUAUUUGUUUCUCCCUCAAUAAAAAAAAAUACGCUUUAUGUAUACAUGAACAUGAAAAUCUCCUUGUAGCAUCACGCACAGCAGGAAGCAGAGAAGCACUUAAGCUACCAAUGCCAACUGGCUCUCAGCUCUCAAUGCUGCAACUUAAAAAUAUGAACGUGUCUUUCAGACUACCUCUAUGCAGUGCUUUCAAAGUCACUUCCUUUAAGACAUCUAUUUACAUGGAAAGAAAAUAUGAAAUCAAGAGUUCACCUAAAGCACCGUCCUUCAUAAUGCUCAGUUGUCCCAGAGUUGUCAAGAAAGAUUAUUUUAAUAACUAAAUAAAUGAACACAAAGUAUAACAUAAGAAUGCAGAUAAGGUAAGAAACCAUGUGCUACGUGAGGCAGGAGUAGCCACUUAAGGAACUUCCUAGCCAAACACGUUCUAGAAAUGUGUGUGGAUAGAACUCAUCCGGCUUCCAGAAGUUCUGACCCACAACAAUUUAACUUAAAAUGAAGAAAAGUACACCAGAAAUAAAUUAUUAGUACAAAAGAUUAAGCAUCACAGUUUCACAAUAAAACCACAUACACCAAAGGCAAGAAGUUAUUAUAGUGAGUUUUCUCCACAGCAUAUCACACAACAGACUUAGCACAGAAAAUUUUAAAAACAACAUUGGAGCAAACAAACUACUGGGUAAAUUAAACAGUAAUAGUGAGAAGACAUCAGCACAGGAUGAUGACAGGAUUGGAAAAGCAACGGGAAAGGAUAGAUAAGCAAAUAAUGGCUAAGAGAAUUUUCCUGACUUAAUAGUUUAUUGUGUAAUGCCUGAAACCAUCACCCAGAGUAGGAAUUAAAUGUUAAAAAUCAGAAUAAAUAAAUUAAAAAAAAAAAAACAACCACAGCUAACUGAUAACACUUGCGUACAAAAUACUUAAGGUUUCUCUGAAGACAUAUUUAAUUGACAACAACAAUGUGCAAUUUAUAAAAUACUGUACAGCACAUAUAUUCCAGAACUGCUUUAGUUCAAAUUGCUAUUUUAUGGAUUUAACCUAACUUUCCUUAAAAAUUCCAACUGUAUGAGAGGAGUAAUGAUUGCUUUCUGUCAUAUAUUGUCAGGUCAUGCAGGGCUUUUUGUAGAUUCAUAUACUGUAGUUCUUCUGAAAAAGUCACAAUACCUAGUAAUUAUGCUAUUUUAGAGUCAGAAUAUCUUUCUAAUGAAACAUCACCAAAUGUAUGUUUUGUAAAUCUUUAUGUUCCUUAAAUUGGGUGCCAUCUUUUGAAAUAAAAUCUUUUUCUUAGGUUUCAGGAGUUGAUAAAUAAUAAACAAUAUUUUGAUUUCAAAAGAAGUGAACAGUUGUUCUUUGGAAAGAGAAAAUAAAUGGGAAAUGAAUAAAUGGUUCUUUCACAAAAUCACUUUGCAGUUUUUCUAGGUAGAGAAAAUGUCUGAAUCUGAAAACUGAACAAAAAAGAGACUUCAGCCAGUCUAAUUUUAAUAUAUCGUUUUUUCUAAACGUGUCAGCUCAUAAAAUGUUUUUUAUGGUCAUGAUCUCCUGAUAGAGUAGUUUGGGUUAUUAAAGCACUGCGGGGUUUUUGUUUGUUUUGUUGUUUGUUUGUUUUUUUUUAUCUUGGGAAUUUCCGUUGAAAUGUUGGUUGUUUACAUCCAGAAACUUUACUUUUACUCAGGUCCAUGGUGGAAAAGUAAUAAAUAUAAAUCUGACUGAUUUUUUUUUUUUUUUUUUUUUUAAA